CACUACAGCACGCUGUUAAUCAAUCAGCUGUGACAGCAAAACAAAGAGUAAAGGGAGUGCAAAAACUAAGCAAAAUUCCAAAAGGAAGCCCUAUCAUUAGGAAAUCUAAGAGCAACUAUAAACUCAGCCACAAUAUAGCUAAACAAUAAGAUCAAGUGCAGUUUAACAUCAUGGGUGCCUGUCUAUCCUGCUGUGGCCAAAGCGCCGAGGAAACCAACCUGAUGCCAUCGCCUGAGGAGCGCCGGCAGCAGCAGUUGGAUGCGGCGGAAAAGCGUCGCCAGGAGAAUGAACAGCGGGGCAUUAAGAAUCCGGAAAGCGUACGCCGGCAGCAACAAAGAGCGGAGGAACUGCAGCGCAGGGAGGAGGAGGCCGCCCGUCAGGGUCAAGGACAAUCAAAUCUAAGGUGGCAAACUAGCUAAAAGGAAGUGAAUCCCAAUUCUGGCAUGGCUUACAAAGCACAGCCACAAUUUUCCCUAGAUGUUUUUGUACUACUCCGUAUUUGUAUUUUAAUGUAUACACCUGUUUUCCCGAUCUACAUAUGUAACGCUGCCUUCUGAACCUCUGAACUUUUAUCUGGCGACAACCAAAUGUACAACCAAAAAUAAAAUUCAAACCAAAUCGUUAUCAGUGAUCGUAAAA